GAGCAUUAAAACAAGAAAAAGUUAUUCUUCACUGUUUUGAACGAUUUUCUUAAUAAAAGUUUAAAAUAUCUCAUAACAACACUAAUUUAAUUCAUGAUCAAGUUAUGUCGUUUCUAAGAGGAAGUGUUAAUUAUGUUUGGUGCACAACAUCUGUACUCGGCAAGGGCGCAACUGGUGCCGUUUUUCAAGGAGUUAAUAAGCACAAUGGUGAGCCAGUUGCUGUUAAAACUUUUAAUCAGUUAUCACACAUGAGGCCUUACGAAGUUCAAAUGCGAGAGUUUGAAGUUUUAAGGAAAGUUAAACACGAUAACAUCGUAAAGUUGCUAGCUAUUGAAGAUGAUCAAGAAGGAAGAGGGAAGGUUAUUGUAAUGGAACUCUGUACAGGAGGAAGUUUAUUCAAUAUCCUCGAUGAUCCAGAAAACACUUACGGAUUACCUCAAGUUGAGUUUCUUUUGGUUCUUGAACAUCUCACAGCUGGAAUGAAACAUUUAAGAGACAACAAUCUUGUACACAGAGAUUUAAAACCCGGAAAUAUAAUGAAAUAUAUUUCCGAGGAAGGCUUGACAGUCUACAAACUCACAGAUUUUGGUGCAGCUCGUGAACUGGAGGAGAACCAGCAGUUUGUUUCACUUUAUGGAACUGAAGAAUAUUUACAUCCGGAUAUGUAUGAACGUGCUGUUCUUAGAAAAUCUGUCAAUCGAUCUUUUACAGCAAAUGUUGACCUUUGGAGCAUUGGUGUAACUUUAUUUCAUGUUGCAACAGGAGUUCUUCCAUUCCGUCCCUAUGGUGGACGUAAAAAUAAAGAAACAAUGCAUCACAUCACAACAAAGAAGCUUCCUGGUAUAAUUUCAGGCAUUCAACCGACAGAAAACGGUCCCAUCGAAUGGUCACGAAAUCUUCCUGACCAUUGCCAAUUAUCAGCUGGUCUGAAGUUGCUUGUAACACCGUUACUUGCUGGUCUCCUUGAAGAAAAUCAAAAGCGAAUGUGGAGCUUUGAAAGAUUUUUCUGGGAAGUCACGAAUAUUUUAAAUAAAAAAGUUCUUCAAUUAUUCUACAUGAAUCGAGCGUCGUCACUGGAAAUUUUCAUGGAUCCUGAUGAGCCACUUUUUCAUUUCAAAGAGCAUGUUAAUCUUCAGACUGAUGUUAAUCCUGAUAGCCAAUUGUUGCUUUAUGAUGACGAACAUUUAGAAGAUAAAGUUGGCGCUAAUAGUGCAGUUCGAGGCUAUCCAUCGACAACAAUUUUCAAGCCAAUCAUGUUAUUGAGUGUUGAGAAUAACAACGUUUCAUUGCCAAAAGAACUUGAUCUCCCGAAAUUUCCUUCGUUUCCAACUGGUGUCAGUGUUGAAAACGACGCAAGUCUAGCGAAAGUUGCUUGUUCUGUUGGUCACGAAUGUAAACGAAGAGUUGAAAAUUUUUCAAAAAUGGAUACCUUGAUUCAAAGUGGAAUUCAAAGAUUCAUUGGAUUACUCAAAGUUACACUUCAUAAAUUAUCGGAAAGAUCAAAAAAUCUUGAAGAAAUUAGUUCAAUUGUUCAUAAAUUAUCAGAAGCGUUGGAACUUUUGGCAGCAAGUAAUGAAAUCUAUCAUGACGAGACUAAACAAAUUGGCCAGGAAUUAAAUAAUCUCAAGGGAGAAUUUACGAGAGUUUCAGAGCCAAUACAACAACUUUACAAUCGAUUUUGCAAUGAAGAUCAAUUAACAAGAGAAUGGAAAACGAGCUCACGUGAAAUUAAGAAUCCAUCGAGUAAUUAUUCAAAUGAAAAAGCGAAAUAUUUGGUCGAACGUCUUCGUGAUUCAUGGCAGCAUUUGUUGAGAGAUCGGGCAACGAGAUCGCUUACUUACAACGAUGAGCAAUUUCAUGCCCUUGAGAAGAUUAAAGUUGCCGAGACGGGAAAACGAAUCAAAUCACUUCUUAAUGAUGGUGUGAAACCUGCGAUCCAUGCUGAGGCUGAAUGUUUAGCUGAUUGGUAUAAGAUGGCACAGACAAUUUUCCUUCAAACACAAAUCCUUGAGAAAGACUUGACAAGCUAUGAAGAAACAAUUUAUGAGCUCACCGAUCGUUUGAACAGGAUAAAGGAAGAAUUAAAGAGUGAAAAUUUAGACCCGAAAAAGAAUGUUUCAAGCAUCUUCAAAGAAUCGUCACUGGCCGUAAGGAAACGUCUUGAAAUAUCAAGCAAUGUUAAGAAUAUGCUCGAGUAUCAAAAGGAAAUUCUUCCGAUUCUUCAAGAAAAUGCUGAACUUAUCAAAAUGUUGCACAAUGUUAACUUUGAGGAUUGUACUUCAAUAGAGAACAGUCAUUUAUAGCUUCAGCUUCAAAUAAUGGAGCAUUUGCUGCAAUUGAUAACGCGAAAGUGAUAAUAAAGAAAAAAAAUUCAUCAUUCUUUGACCAGGAACUAAUUAAAUUUUCAUUACCCAUAUUAGUUCCUACUUUUUACACAGUGUUGUUCUGUUGUGAUUAUUGCAAUUAUGUAGUAUCUAAGAAUAUUUUACUGUAAAUAUAAAUAAAUUUUUCAUAAUGGAAGUGAUAAAAUAUUUGUUUUCAUAAUGACAGCUUAUUUAUUAUCAUAAUUAAACAUCAAUCUUCAUAUGUUGAAGAAUUUAGUUAGAUACUUAGUAUCAAAGCUUAUGAAAAUAUCCAAUUUUAAUAAAAUGUGAAGA